GGGCGUAAACGUAAUUGGAAAAUUUAUUUUGAUUUGAUCAAAUUUGUAAAAAAAAAAAAAAAUGUGCGAAUCGAGGCAAAUUUUAUUGCUUUUGUAUGCAACGUUCCUUCCUUUAAGUAUACACGGACUUUAUUUUCAUAUAACGGAAGUUGAAAGGAAAUGUUUUAUUGAAGAAAUUCCGGAUGAGACAUUAGUUGUUGGUAAUUAUAAAUGCCAACUUUAUGAUCCUAAAACUGGUGGUUAUAUGCCAUCUAGUCCAGGUAUAGGAAUGCAUGUGGAAGUAAAAGAUCCAGAUGAUAAAGUUAUCAUGUCAAAAGUUUACAGUUCUGAAGGUCGUUUUAGUUUCACAUCCAAUGAUCCUGGAGAGCAUGUCAUUUGUUUAUAUUCAAAUACAACCAAAUGGUUUAGUGGAAGCCAGUUGAGAGUCCAUUUAGAUUUACAAGUUGGAGAACAUGCUAUUGAUUAUGGUAAUGUGGCUCAAAAAGAAAAAUUAACAGAACUUCAAUUAAGAGUUCGCCAGUUAUUGGAUCAAGUGGAACAGAUUACUAAAGAACAGAAUUAUCAAAGGUAUCGAGAAGAACGAUUUCGUACAACAAGUGAAAGUACCAGCCAAAGAGUUCUGUGGUGGUCAAUCUUCCAAACAAUAAUUCUUAUUUUGAUGGGAUUGUGGCAGAUGAGGCAUUUGAAAAGUUUCUUUGAAGCAAAGAAACUUGUAUAAAGAUAUUAAUUUUCAGCUAAAUAUGUAAAUGAACAAAAUUUAAAUUGAUAAACUCUGCUAUUGCCAGUAAUGCUAGUCACCGAAAAUAAUUACACGAUUCUAUUUAUUUUUGUUUGAAAAUAAUGUGCCUUCAAGUAUAAUAAUAUUUGCUUAUGUAAUUCUUUGUCAGACAUGAUCUUUUAUAUGAUUCUUAUGAACUUAAGAGUUGUAACAUAGACUCUAAAACUUGCUCAUAUGUUGUUUUAAAAUAAUCAUCCUAAUUUCAUGAUCAGUGUAAUUACCAUUUAGAAAAUUAAUCUACUGUAUGAUGUGAUAAGUUAUUUAUUUAGUUAAAAGAGUUAUAAUUCUGUUAUUGUA